UGCGUAGCCACAGCGCCAUUUCGUGUUUUCUGGUUCAAGGUACAGUACAAUCAGCCUACUGAAUUGGAAACGGAUCAUAUAAGACACCAACCAACACAACGUCGAAAUUGUACUCAUUUUUCAAUAAUUGAGCUCCUGGCGUGCAUUUUGUUGCAGCGACGGGUGGAAAACAGGCUGCGCGUGACUAGUAUUGGUUAGCUCUCUACACAGCGUUUUUGAGGCAUCUUUUUUGAGCAGCGACAAAUCAAACAGGUAGGCAGGCAGGCAGACCACGACCGUCCAGGGUACAGGCAAUAUGGAUAGCUUGAUGGCUGGCAACGUUACCAACAAGACUGACCCUCGCUCCCUCAACUCCCGGGUCUUCAUCGGGAACCUCAACACUCUCCUGGUCACCAAGGCAGACGUGGAGGCCAUCUUCAGCAAGUACGGCAAGAUAGUGGGCUGCUCCGUGCACAAGGGGUUUGCCUUUGUCCAGUAUGCCAAUGAGAGGAAUGCCCGGGCCGCCGUAGGGGGCGAGGAUGGGAGGAUGAUCGUAGGACAGGUGCUGGACAUUAACCUUGCUUGCGAACCGAAGCAUCAGAGAUUGAAGACUGUGAAGCGCUCUGCGGGAGAUAUGUACAGUUCUUCAUUUGAUUUGGAAUAUGACUUCCAGAGAGAUUACUAUGACCGGAUGUACCCGUACCAGUCCCGCGUGCCCCCUCCACCUCCUCCCCCCCUGUCCCGGGCGGUGAUCCCCUCCAAGCGGCCCCGGGUCAGUUUGAGUGGAGGCGGUGGAGGAAGAGGGGGUGGAGGAGCAGGGGGCAGCCGACGCACCAAGACCAACUUCUCAUCCUCCAGGAGCAGCCAGAGCAGGGUCUCCACCUCACGCACCAUGAAGGCAGAUGACCUGCAGACCAUCAAGAGAGAGCUGACCCAGAUCAAACACAAGGUGGACUACCUGCUGGAGAGUCUGGAACGCAUGGAGAAGGACCACACCAAGAAGUUAGACAUGAAGAGUAGUGGGAAGCCGGAACUCGGGGAGGUGUCUCCUCUCCACUGUGGAGGAAAGAAGGAGGAGAGCUUGAAAAGGGAGAGGGAGAGCCAACUGCUCAAUGACUCCGAAGAGGAGGAGGGAGACCUACUGGAGGAGGAGGAGGAGGAGGUGAAGAGUCGAGGAAGGGAAGAUGACGAUGAAGAGGAGGAAGGUGAGGAUGAUGGAGAUAGCGCCAACGGAGACGACUCUUAAACACCGCAAGAUUGUCUGUUCGCACACGCACACAUACAUACAGACACACACACACACUCCCUGACAUACACAAAAGGAAAUGUGUAUAAUUACAUAGCAACACACAUGCAGUACAUGGACAGCUGUUCCUACUGAACUCACUCUUCAUAUGGACAUUUCCACUCUACCAUUCUGAACGUGUGCUCACCUACACAUUCAGUAACACUCUACCAGUUAUGUCAAGCAAAUAUCUGUCCCUUUUCUUCUCUUUGGAUUUCUCUCCCAUGUAUUAGUUUGUAGCCUCAUACGGCCAUCCUGAUCUCUCCAUUUACAUUAUUUGUGAAUUGAAAUGAGAUGAGAGAGCAUGCGCAGCAGUCAGGUUGGUGGACCAGGCUAAUUAUUUGGCCCCAGAUCAAAGAUUUUCUUUAUGUAUACCGUAUGUAUCUUGAAAAAUAGUUUUAUUCUAGUUGUACUAGUCCAGAUACAGUGGAUCUCAAACCUCUCCUCAGAGACCCCCAGUCGUUCCAUGUUUUUGAUCUAUUCCACAGCUAGCACACCUGAUUCAACUAAUCAUCAUGUUCUUGACUAGGACAAUCAGACGAGUUAGUUCAGGGCUCCACAACAUUGUGAAACAUCUGGGGGUCCCGAGAGGUUUUAAAACCACUGGACUGGAGGAUCUUGGCACCUGCUGUGUCCACCAGCAGGUGGCACUGUGCAAUGACAUUUUUACACACCUAGGCUACCGUGAAAUGUGGUGCUGGAGUUGGAAGAUUUUACAAUGACCAUAUUAUAAAAAUCGUAAACAAUGAAACAGACAUGUAUAGGAAGAUUUCAUGCCAGGAUUGUCUAAUGUAUGCCGUUUUCUUUGCCCUGAAUGGUUUUGCUUGUUUCUUUUUUUAGCUUACUUAUUUGUGUCAGGAAAUACACUUUGACUUAGUAUAACCUUGAGUUCUGUAAUGGACGUUAUCCAUGUUGGUGUGUUUGUCUCGGUUGCCGUGUGAUUUCAGUUGACCAUUACUUUGACUGUGCUUGUGAAUUAAAAACUUCCAAGUGGAAAUGCUCCAGG